AUGCCCCAGCACUGGCAAACGCUCCUCUGGCUCCCUAUCUCUGUCUCUGUUCCCUUGCUAUGCGUGCCCAUGGCCAAAGCGAUCAAGAACGUCGCAAUCAGCUGCAAAGCGCUGCACGGCUUCACCACCACGCGGCCUGUGUACCGAAACCUUGCGACAGCUCUCCUCAAGCGCUGUCGCGCGCUCCCGCUCCAUGGCUUCCAACGCCUAUCGGACCUUACAGACGAGCAACUUGUCCACGCCGUCAAUCAUGCAACCCGAUUAGAGACCGCGUGGCUGACCCGCGGCCCGCGCCCCUCGUCAUCAUCCCCGUACUUCAAUACCGCCGAAGGUUCUACAACAGGAAACCGGAGUUGGUACAAGAUCAUCAGCGCACCGCCGAACGAGGAGGUCGACUGGCUGUCACCAAUCACUUCGAGCUACAGUCUGUGCGCAACAAAAAGCGGCAAGGUGGUGUGCUGGGACGUGCACCGGGAUGAAUGCCUUGCAGAAUGGGACCCGCAAGAGCGCUGGGAGCUCUGGAAGUGCCGUGUCGAAUUUGACAUCCGGACGGUGUUCUUCACGAUGGCCAAGAUUCUGCAGCGGUCAUUGGACGACCGAGUGAUGGAGUUUGUACUCAUGAAGCUCGAGUUUCCUGACAAGGGCGAGCCGAUUUUCUCUGAACUCGCAAUGUUCAAGACGAUUGGUGUGGUCAUGAACGUCUUCCUGCUGGACCCCUCGUCAUGUCUGCUCUCUGCAUUCGUGUGGGUCGCGAGCUCGAACACGAUCGGCCUUUACGCUCUGCUCGACUGGAGGAAGGAGGAGUACGUCUUCAUCGACACCGGGAUCGAAUGCUCUAUGUCCUCGAACUGGUCAUGCAUCCUAUACCAAGAGCAAAUUGUGAUACACUCCGAAGAGAGCGACGUUGCACAUCAGUACUUUUACCCGAUCUCGGUGCUUCAGCAGUACGCGCGGCCGUCGACCUCGUCCGCUACCUUCGUCCCCAACAUCUCCCAGCGGUUGCGGCCGGUGACAACGAUGUCGGCUCCGUUCAUCUUCCCUCCUCUGACCCGGUCGGUUUCACCUGCAAGCGCUCGGGACGAGGAACAGGGACCACAGCUCAACGGCCACGUCGUCGUGGACGCACCUGUGGAGACAAAUGGGGUCGAUGAGGACCCGCAUCCUCCCGCACACGAGGACGGAGAGGAAAAUGCGGACGGCGAUGCGGACGGUGAGGACGACACAGGCUCCGGCACCGUCGCGGACGGGAACCCGUUCCCAUAUCCACCCUGGUACCCCGAGAGCGCGCACUUUGUGCGGCAGUGGUGGCCGACGCUCGCGUCUGUCCCACGACUCAGCUGCACGGUCGUGCUCCUUGCGGACCACGAGCCCGACACGCACCGGACACGCUACGUGCUCGCGCAGCACUACUUCAAGGUUCCGCUCAUCGAGGCGGACGAGCUCGAACAGAUGUCCGCUGCCGCCGCGCAAGCUGUCGAGGCUGCCCUAACGAACGGAUCCGCUACCACCUCGGAAAACGGCUCUGCGGUCCCCACCGUGAAAGCUGGCAGCGUCGACGUCAGCAAGGGCGAGGGUUCAAGCCGCAGCGCCAGCACAUCUUCGUCCGAGACCGGCGAGUGGAGCGGAACGGGGACGCCAGACUCACCCGCAAAACAACGCGGGGCCGAGUCGUCGAUGAUGCGCCUGUGGUACGUCAGCGAGCCGUUCGAGGUCGUGUGCGUGCUCGACGGCGUCGAGGACGACGACAUGGACCCGGACGGGGGCGCGGACCGGCCGCGGCCGCUCAUGGCGGUCGACUUCGGGCACGCGGUGUGGAUCGAGUUCGCGUUCCCCCCAGAGGUGGACAACGAGGACAAGCGGCUGCGGUUCGUGACGUUCCCGCCGGUGACGAACGACCGCGACGCGAUGGGGUACGGGCUGGGCGGGACGGCGGACUCGCUCGAGGGCAUCGUACACACGCUGGAGGUGCCGGAGGAGCUCGACCUGGACGCGGUCGAGACGAUCAACAUCGACCAGUCGCAGGGCGCGAUCAUCAUCUCCGUGCGCGACGGGAAGAUCUUCAUACUCUGUUACGAAUAG